UUGUGGGGUGACUCCAAAUCAUUGCUCUCUCACUUUUGUCUGGUAAAGUUAGGGUCUUUUGAAUUAGCGUUUGCUCAUUCCUUUGAUUAGAACCCCUUUCAGCUUUUUAAGAUCGGUGGGGGAAACUAUUAUUAGGUUUGAUUCUGAUGUGCUGUGGUGUUUGGAUGGCAAGAAAAUGAGGGAAAAUGUGAUUGUGGCAAGUGAGGGAAUGUGAGGAGGAGGAGGAGGAGGAAGAAGAAGAAGAAGGGGUUGAGUAAAUGAGUAUUUUGAGACAUGGGGUGUGUGUUUGGGAAAGAGGCAUCAGAGAGAAGGAGGAAAGAGGAAGUGAAAGUUGAAAGAGCAGAAGAGGGUAAGGGUGAGGUUAAGAAUGAUGGGAAUGGGAAGGAGGGUGGAGAGGAAGAGAAGAGGAGGAGGGCAAGGGGGGAGAGGAUGCGAUCUUCGAAGCCGAAUCCAAGGUUAAGCAAUCCACCUAACCAUGUACAUGGUGAGCAAGUGGCUGCAGGUUGGCCCUCUUGGCUCUCCAAGGUUGCUGGGGAAGCUAUAAAUGGUUUGACCCCUCGAAGGGCAGACACUUUUGAGAAGCUUGAUAAGAUUGGACAAGGUACAUAUAGCAAUGUUUACAAAGCUAGGGAUACUUUAACAGGGAAAAUUGUUGCCCUAAAGAAGGUCCGCUUUGACAAUCUGGAGCCUGAGAGUGUGAAAUUUAUGGCCAGAGAGAUUCUGAUUCUGCGUCGUCUGGAUCAUCCCAAUGUUCUCAAACUGGAAGGUUUAGUGACUUCUAGAAUGUCAUGCAGUUUGUAUCUUGUGUUUGAAUACAUGGAGCAUGACUUGGCUGGACUUGCAACAAGCCCAACAAUCAAGUUUACCGAGUCUCAGGUUAAAUGUUACAUGCAUCAGCUAUUUUCUGGACUGGAACACUGUCACAACCGUCAUGUGUUGCAUCGUGAUAUAAAGGGGUCAAAUCUUCUUAUUGACAAUGAAGGAAUCCUUAGGAUUGCUGAUUUUGGAUUAGCUUCCUUCUUCGAUCCUAAUCACAAGCACCCAAUGACCAGCAGGGUGGUUACUUUAUGGUAUCGACCUCCAGAACUUCUUCUGGGAGCCACUGAUUAUGGUGUUGGAGUGGACCUCUGGAGUGCUGGCUGCAUUCUUGCUGAAUUGUUGGCUGGAAAGCCUAUUAUGCCUGGUCGAACGGAGGUGGAGCAGCUACAUAAGAUAUUUAAGCUAUGUGGGUCUCCUUCUGAAGAAUAUUGGAAAAAGUCGAAGUUGCCGCAUGCUACCAUUUUUAAGCCCCAACAAUCAUACAAGCGGUGCAUAGCAGAGACAUUUAAAGAUUUCCCAUCAUCAUCUAUGCCCCUAAUUGAGACCCUUCUCGCAAUUGAUCCAGCUGAACGUCAAACUGCCACUGCUGCAUUGCAUAGUGAAUUCUUUACAACAAGACCUUAUGCUUGUGAGCCCUCUAGCCUUCCAAAAUAUCCUCCAAGCAAAGAGAUGGAUGCAAGGCUACGGGAUGAAGAAGCUAGAAGAUUGAGAGCUGCUCGUAAAGUUAAUGUUGAUGGUGUCAAAAAAUCUCGACCACGUGAUCGAGGUGGAAGGGGAAUUCCAGUUCCAGACGCCAAUGCUGAGCUGCAAGCAAAUAUUGAUAGAUGGCGACUGAUAACACAUGCAAAUGCCAAGAGCAAGAGUGAGAAGUUUCCUCCUCCCCACCAAGAUGGAACUCUAGGCUAUCCUUUGGGUUCUUCUCAACACAUGGAUCCAGCUUUUGAUCCUCCUGAUGUUCCAUUUAGUUCCACUAACUUCUCACAGACAAAAGCAAAUAUCCAAACCUGGUCUGGCCCCUUGGUGGAACCUAGUGUGGGUGCUCCCAAGAGAAAGAAGAACAUGGCACGUGAUGGACAUAUACACUCCAAGUCAUCCAAGAAAGACUCAAAUAGGUAGAAUGUGUCAGUAGAAAAAAAAAAUUAAAAAAAGAAAUGGAGAGUUGCUGUGUAUCACCAAUCAUUUUUCACAAGUAUUCAUGAAGUUGAAAAUGCUGCUGAUUCAAUGUCUCACAUCCAUUGGCACCAGUCACCAGAGAGGUAGAAGAUAUUGUAUUUCCUGCUCCCAUUUCUUUCUCAAUGAUCAAAGGUUUAUUCUCUAUCUUUCAUAUCUUAUAUUUUUUUUCUUCUUCUUCUUAAGUUAAAUAGUUCAAUGAACAUCUAAUCAUUAGGUUUUGGAAACAGUGUCCGUGGUCUAUAUUUCUUCCUAAUUUUGUUACUUAUAACGUUCACCCCAUAAUUUUUCUCCCUUUAGCCUCUGCU